AUGUCAUCAUCUAAUAUCAAUAAUGAUAAUCAAAAUUCAAAUAAUAAUUUAAAUAAUUAUAUCAUUAGGAAUCUAGAUGUCUUGAAUGAUGAUCUAAAUUCAAUUAAUCAAAAUUAUAUUGAUCCUUCAAUUGCAAAUGAUUAUAAUAAAGAUACACAGAAUAAUGAUAAUAAUAAUGAUACAGUACAGAAUAAUAAUGAGAAUAAUGAUGAUGAUGAUGAUAUAAAUCAAUUGAUCCCUCCAUUACCACCAGGUUCAGAUCCUAAAAAAAUGUGUCCAUUUUGUCAAAGAACUUUUUCUCAUCCGGGUUCAAUGGGUCGUCAUCUUGAUUUGAAAAAAGGUAGUGAUGGACAUCCAUUAGAUUUAAUUAAUAAAUUAAGAUCUGAUGUUAAAAGACGUGGUGAUUUAGUUAAAAUACGUGAAAGAAGGAAAAUUAGAGCUAAAAAAUAUAAUUCAAGAUUAGAUGUUAAGGAAAGAUCAAAAUUUAAAAGAAAAAUUAGAGAUCGUUUACAGAAAGGUAAAAAAAUUGGUAUAAAUAAAUUUUUAUUAAAUUUAAAUAAACCUAAAUUAUCAUCAUUUGAUAAUCAAAGUUUACCAAGUUUCCCUAGAUUAGUACUUUAUUUCUUACCACCAAUUCAAUGGCCUCAAGAACCACCAACUUUAGAAACUUAUAGAAUUCUUUGUGAAUUUUUAAAUGUAAAAUUCUUGAAUAAUGAAAAUUUAUCAAAUGAAUCAAUUGAAUUAAACUCAACAAUUUAUGAUGAUUUAAUGGAAAAAGUUCAUUUAGCUUCGGAAAAUUGGUUAACUUUAUCUGAAUUAUCUAAAGAACAAUUAUGGUUAAAAGAAAUUAGAAAAUGUGCAGAAGAUUCUUUAACAAAUAUAUCUUUAUUUGAUUUAGCUAAUAGAGAUCAAUGGAUUUUAGAUUAUGCUAAAAAAACUAUCCAAAUGGAGGAUUAUAAAGGUGAAGGAGAUGAUAAUGAAAGUGAAGGAGGUGAAGAUGAAGGAGAAGAUGGAAGUGAAAGUGAUGAUCAAAUUAAUGUCAAUGAAACAAGUCAUGGGAACCAUCAAGAUGAUUUAAUGAAUGAAAGAAGAAAUGUUGGAACGAAUUUUUAUAAUCAUGAUGAUUUAACUGCUGUUGCUGAAGCUGUUAUAAAUAAUCAUCAAGGUGCAUAA